AUGCACACACCAUUCUAUUUCUUUUUCAUUUUGGUUCUAAUUGUAGCAGUACAAUGGAUUCAGGUAGAAGGUGGUGAAUGCACAAAUGUUGUGGGUCCUUGUGAAGGUUGUUCUUUUGUGUGUAACGUCUUUGCAGCAGGAUCUAAAGUUUUAGGACAUGAUUGUAGCUUCAACAAUUUAUGCACUUGUACAUUCGAAGAGCCAGCAAAAGGAGAACCUAAAUGUGAUAUUGGUCUUGGACUUUGCACAAGUGAUUGUGGUAAUGAUUGUUGCAAAAAAAAGUGCACUAGCAAAUAUCCUAGCACAGGCAGUGGGAGCUGUGUGAAUAGAUAUGGUGUCAACUAUUGUUCUUGUACCUAUAAACGUUAG